AUGCUUAUUACAUGGCUUAUUCCAAUUACCUCAAAAUCCUAUCAUAGUGAUAGCGGAUCAGGAGCAAAAAAAAAAUUAGGAAAAUUAUCGGAAAUCAGCACAAAUGAACAACAAUUAUCGGAAAUCAUACUAAAAGAUGAUCUUAUCGAUACUGAAAAUCAUACAAUAAAUGAUGGAUUGAUAAGUGUAAGUGAGAUUAACAUGGAUGAUCUGGAAGAUGAUUUUUUCGAUAAUGAUCAUAACGAUGAAAUGAUUAGCAAAGAUAACGAAAUAUUGCAUGACGAAAUAACAAUGGACAAAUUAGCAGAUAUGCAUGAUGAGACUGAUAAUGAUAACGGUAAUGAUAGUGAAACAGAAACAGAUAAUCUUGCAGAGUGA